AUGUCCAGAGGUGUUAAUGCCGAUCAAGAGACUAAGUGGCAAGAGAAGUUCUGGGAAGCUUCAGAUGACUUUGGUUACAAGGAACUUGGGUCGGAGAAAUUUGGGCGUGAUGCUAGUGGCAACGUUUGGCAUGAGCACUUGAGGGAAUUAAUCUGGCAAGAUGCUGGUCUAGUCCAUCUUGAGAAAAUAGCAGAUAAGUGGGGGAAGAAUGGGAAAGGAGGCGAGUGGCAAGAGCAAUGGUGGGAACACUAUGAUGCAUCGAACAAGGCAGAAAAAUGGACACACAAGUGGUGCAUCAUUGACCCAACAACGCCGCUCGAUGUGGGGCGAGAAGUACGACGGCACAGAGGGAGCACGAAGUACACAGACAAGUGGGCGAAAUGGGGCGACAAAUGGGACGAGGAUUUCUCGACGAGCAGCCAUGGAGUGAAGCAGGGGGAGACGUGGUGGGCAGGGAAGUACGAUGAUCAGCAUGGAAGUACGACGAUCGCUGGAAUCAGACUUGGAGCGAGCAACACAAUGGGACGGGUUGGGUACACA